AUGAAUAUGUUGGAUGAUGAAGAUGACCAAAGCUUUCACGCUACGCGUGACGGCUACUCCCAUUUGAGCGAUGUCGAAUGGGAUGCGGUUGAACGAAUGGGUUCAACCAUGGGCAUCCAUGCUGUUAGCGUCAUGCUAGAGGCUCUCAAUAGAGAUGCCCAACAUGCUACUAUCGCCAAGUUCAUUCAAAAUGAACUUGACGCAGAACGCGAGAAAGUAGCCUUGCUUCACCAACAAGGUUCUCAACAAGCAGAGUUGUUGAGAGAACAGGGUGCUCAACAGUUUGAACUGUUGAGACAGCAGCAGGCUGCUGCUGGUGGGUCGAUGCACUCGCUUCGACCCGAAACCUUGAAGAUUGACAUCUCCAAGUAUAGAGGAGUCGAAGAGGACUCCCUCUUGAGAUGGUUCGUCGAAUUGGAUGACGCCAUAAGGGCGCGUCGCAUCGACGACGGGGAUAUGCAAGUUGCAUUUGCCCAGUCAAAUCUGGCAGACGUGCCAAGACUUGGGCACUGGGGCUCAAGUUGCACGACCCAUUUGCGUUUGGGUCGUUAG